CAUAAUCCAUAAUGACGUUAAAUCUAGCCAAAGUCAGCGAGACGUACUUUUCCAAACUCUUCAAUUCACAAAGGGAUGGCAGCAAUGGGUCCACAAAAGCUAAAGUGCUUCUUGUUGACCGUUAUACUACUCCCGUGAUCUCUAUGUCCUACACGCAAUCACAGUUGCUACAACACGAUAUCAUAUUGAUUGAAUUGAUCGAAAACCAGCAUGACUUGAACGUGAUGAAGCACUUGAACUGUAUUGUCUAUGUGAAGCCUACAAAAGAAUCUAUACAGCAUUUGACGAACGAAUUAAAGAACCCCCACUUUAAUUCUUAUCAGUUAUUCUUGAAUAAUACUAUCAAUAAGAAUCAACUCGAGAAGCUUGCCGAGGCGGAUGAAUUUGAAACAAUUCAAAGUGUAAUUGAAUUGUUCCAAGAUUAUGUUAUUGUCAAUCAGAACCUUUUUAUUACUCAGAAAGUUGAUCCUCCUAUCGAAAUCUCGAAAUCAACUGAUAGUAUCGUGGAAGAAUCAAAUAGCAUAAUAAGUUUGUUGCUCUCUUUGAAAAAGUGCCCAAUUAUCAAGUACGAACAAAACAGUAUCGGCCUUAAAAGGUUGAGUUCAGAAAUUCUUUACAAUAUCAACUCCAAUUCCAAUAACAAUUUGUUUGAUGAUUUAAAUCAAAAAUCAGAUACUGCACCAAUAUUAUUACUUCUAGACAGAAAAAACGAUCCGAUUACUCCAAUUAUCACCCCUUGGACUUAUCAAUCCAUGAUUAACGAACUCAUAGGUAUAAAGAAGAAUAUAGUAAAUUUGGUGGAAUCAAAUGAGUCGGUGACUUUAUCCGAUACUCAGGACAAAUUCUAUAGAGAAUCAUUAUAUCUCAACUAUGGAGAUUUGACCGAAAAGUUUCAGAAGUAUGUGGAGCAAUACAAAUCACAAACUAAACAGUCAUGGGGAGAAAACUUGAACAGCCAGAAUUUGUCUGAACUUAAGAAGAUUCUUACCAAAUUUCCAGAAUAUAAAAAGUUAUCAGCAAACAUUUUGAAGCAUUUGAAUUUGAUCAGUAAAUUGGAUACUGAAAUUUCUAAAAGAAACUUAUGGGAUAUCGGUGAAUUACAACAAACUAUUAUUUGUGAUUUAGAUAAUCAACAAGCUUUGAAGAUCAGAUUAUUAGAGUUAUUUGAUCAACCUAAUAUUCCAACAGAUGAAAAGUUGAAGUUGGUUAUCUUGUACUCAGUAAGAUUUCCAAAUGCAAAUGAAAUUACUACCUUCAUUGCAAAAUUGAAUGAUCCAUCUAAAAGCAACCCCGUACUAACCGUAACCCAAAAUGCAUUGAUCAAAAAGUUCAAAAGUAUAGUGGGUCCCAACAUAAGAAGUGGUACUAGCAAUGCAGCAAAGAAUGGCAACAUUGGUAACAUAUUUAACAAGAAGAUCAACAUCAACAAUUUGUUUAAUAAUAUUGGUCACAAUAAUCCUAAAACGGACAAUAUUUACAUGCAAUACGUACCAAGAUUGAAUGACACAUUAGAAUAUCUUCUUGCACCAACAAGUCUGCAAGAGAAUGUUCAUUCUAUCAAUUUAUCAACUUUGGUACCAGAUGUGGUUUCCAAGCAGUAUGGACUGAAAGCACAAAAUGAACCGGUGCAAGACAUAAUUGUUUAUAUUAAGGGAGGUGUGACCUACGAAGAAGCCAGAUUGGUGCACGAAUUGAGUGAAGCAAAUCCAAAAAUAAAUUUGAUCAUUGGUGGAGACAAUCUCAUAAACAGUGCAGAAUGGUUGGAUAGCUUAUAUGACGCCAUUAACGAGUCCAAUGAGACCAAUAUCGAUGGAACUAGAACAGAGAGAAGGGCUCAAUUGAGGGAUAUAUUAUAAGGAUACAUACAUAGUAAUACAACAAGAAGUCUAUUAGGAACCAAUUUAUUGAAACUUGGCUGGUCCAGUUUAUGGGGCAUACUUGCCAAAUUUUUGUUCCCAGUUUAAAAUCUUUUCAGUAAGACUCUCCAUAAGUUUCAAGUU